GGCUGUGAUGGAUCGUAUACAGAUUUAGAGAGAGCAGAAAUAUUUAAGAGCUCUCAAUUCCUCUUUGAUUCUUCAGAAAAAAAAAAGUCUUGUCUUUUAAUCGUAAUCAACUCGAUUGUUUCAUAUACAUAAUAAACAUCAAACACAAAGAAAAUUAACAAUGCUUUACAAACAACUUGCUCUCACAUCGUUGUUCUCUCUGGCUCUGGCACAGAAUGGUGGAUUGGACGAAGGUGCUGCUCAAACAACCACCGCUGCUGCUCAAACAACUCGUGAGACUGAAGCCACUACCGGUGGUACUGAUAUUGUUGCAACUACCAAGGCUACUGUUGGUACAGCAGCCACAACAGAAGCUACCGGAGUUGCUGCUUCACAGCAAGUAGGUCCAGUCUCUGCUGCUGUUCAAUCGACACCAACACUGUCUACACCAGAAGCACUCUCUGUGACUCAACAGGAGGUAUCUGCUCCAGCAUCGGCUGUUGUUGCAUCCCAAGAGACAAUUUCUCAAGUCGCUCAGAACACAGAGAACACUGCUAGUACCACCGUCUGGUGGACACCAACACAGACUGUUUGGUGGACUCCAUCCCAGACAGUGUGGUGGACUCCUUCAACAGCUUCCAGUGUGAGUGGAGGCACUACCACGCUUGCUGGCGUGAGCACUUAUGUCUCUGGGUCUUCAACUUACACCACAUCCUUGUCUAGAGAUGUCAGUGAAACGGUGCUCACCACUUCCGAGAGCCUUAUAACAUCAGUGCUUACACAGACGUCAGGAUCAUCAACAGAGCUGUCCACAACAACAUACACAAGCUCCUCGGUAUACACAGUGCUCAGCAAUAGCACCAACGGAGCUGCUGGCGUAUCGGCAUCGAAGAACAGCUUCAUCUUGCCUGCAGUAGUGUGUGCAGGUGCUUUGUUGAUGGCUUAAAGGAGCCGGAUAAGAGAGCUAGAAGCAUAGCAAUAAAGGACUGUCACUUAUUUGGUAUAUAUAUGUAUAUUAGAGAUAUAAACUUGGUAGUUUAUCUUUAAUUGUCAC